CUCAGAUGUUACAUAUACAGUAUGCCGUGGCUUGUGUAAUCUCUGAUGCUAUUUGCAUGUGCGCUCAGCCCUCCCACUGGUGCCAUUUGUUGCUGAUGUCUCUUUAUAAGCAGCAGGGCUGGAGGAGCCGGCAGUUAACUGCAACACUCUGGAGGAGAGAAGUGCCAUAACAGCAGUGAUUAAAGGGCAUAUUAAGAAAAGCUUUUGGAGGAAAAUUAGAAGCCUCUUCAGAUGGAGGGUCAAGUGAAUCACGCCAACAUCGAAAUGAUUGAGGAGGUGGGCCAAAAUGGAACGGUUGGGUCAAAGAUCGUCACUACAGAGUCCUUCAGACAGCCGCGUGGAUCCACCGUCAGCUUUCACAACAUCCAGUACAGUGUGAAGAUGAAGAGCGGGCCGCUUUGUAAGAAAAAGGUCAUCACUAAAGACAUCCUACAGGAUCUUAAUGGAAUCAUGAAACCUGGGCUGAAUGCCAUUUUAGGACCUACAGGAGGUGGCAAAUCUUCGUUUCUGGACGUUCUUGCGGCCAGGAAAGACCCCUCAGGCCUGUCUGGUGAAGUCUUGAUUGAUGGAGCCCCCCAGCCACCCAACUUCAAAUGUCUCUCUGGCUAUGUUGUACAGGAUGAUGUGGUGAUGGGUACUCUAACAGUGAGGGAGAAUCUGCGUUUCUCAGCUGCUCUUCGUCUCUCCUCCUCCGUGAGACAGAAGGAGAAGGAGGCCAGAGUGAAUGAUCUCAUCACUGAGCUGGGCCUCAGCAAAGUGGCUGAUGCUCGGGUGGGCACAGAGCUGAUUCGGGGCAUCUCUGGAGGGGAGCGCAAGAGAACCAACAUUGGAAUGGAACUGAUCAUUGACCCCUCUGUGCUGUUCCUGGAUGAGCCCACCACAGGCCUGGAUGCCAGCACUGCCAACUCUGUACUGCACCUGCUUAAACGAAUGGCCAAUAAUGGGCGCACCAUUAUCAUGUCCAUUCACCAACCACGUUACUCCAUCUACCGGCUCUUUGACAGCCUCACACUUCUGGUCAGUGGCAGACUGGUGUACCAUGGACCUGCUCAGAAUGCACUGGACUACUUUUCCAACAUUGGUUAUGCCUGUGAAGCUCAUAACAACCCCGCAGACUUCUUCCUGGAUGUCAUUAAUGGAGACUCCAUUGCUGCGACUAUGGCCAAGCUACAGAAUGCAGAAGCUAUAGAGUUUGAAGAGUCUGGAGACAGGAGGCAGAGUAUUGAAGCACGUCUGGUGGAGGAGUACAAAAACAGCAGCUACGCUCAAGACACCAACACUGAACUGGCGCGCAUCAUCCAGGGCAAAGAGUACAGCAUCAGGCCCAAGUCUCGCGUCAUCACCUACAACAGUGGCUUCUGCCAUCAGUUUAAUUGGGUUUUAAAGAGGACAUUCCGGAACCUGAUGCUGAACCCUCAGACUUCUGUUGCACAGUUGGGAGUCACUGUCUUCCUGGCCCUCAUUGUUGGUGCAAUCUUCUAUAAAGUGAAGGACAACCAGAGUGGCAUACAGAACAGAUUUGGUGCUCUGUUCUUCAUCACGACUAAUCAGUGCUUCAGUACACUCUCAGCUGCUGAGCUGUUCAUCACAGAGAGGAAACUCUUCAUACAUGAGUAUACCAGCGGUUACUACAGGGUUUCUGUCUACUUCCUGACUAAGAUCCUGUCUGAUAUCAUCACCCUGCGCACAAUUCCUGCCAUACUCUUCACCUGUGUCUCCUACUUUAUGAUUGGAUUUAAGCCCACAGCCGCAGCCUUCUUCAUCUUCAUGUUUACAGUCACCCUUGUGUCCUACACAGCCACGGCUAUGACCAUGGCCAUCUCUGCUGACCAGUCUGUUGUGGCCGUUGCAAACAUAUUCAUGACCAUCUCCUUCGUCUUCAUGAUGAUUUUCUCUGGUCUGCUGGUGAAUCUGGAGAGUGUGAUGGCCUGGCUGAACUGGCUGAAGUACUUCAGCAUUCCACGCUACGCACUAACAGCUUUGGAGAUCAAUGAGUUUGUGGGACUGAAUUUCUGCGGAAACUUCACAACUAGACUAGCCAACGACACACAGGGGAUCACGUGCACAGGUGAACAGCAUCUGAAGUCCCAAGGAAUCGAUUACUCCACCUGGGGUUUAUGGCAGAACCACCUGGCCCUGAUCAUUAUGACCAUCAUUUUCCUCAUCAUUGCCUACAUCAAGCUCAGAUUCAUCCGCAAGUUCUCCUGAGUAUUUAGCCAGACAGUCGUAUGUGUUUUUUUGUAAAACUUUUAUAUCUUUUAUAUAUAUAUAUAUAUAUAUAUAUAUAUAUAUAUAUAUAUAUAUAUAUGCAAAAGUUAUACAAAAAAAUACUAAUAAUCCUAAUAAUACAAACACGAUCUGGGUCUGAAAUUUUAUCAAGAUCAAGUGCAUUUUCUACAAAAUAUAAACAAAGCAAAAUCUGGAUACAUUCAAGUUAUUUUAAAAAUACUCUUUGAUCAUAGACAAUAUAAUUCUAAAGAAAAAAAGGAAUUUUUUUAGAGAAAUAAUUCUCUAAAUAUUCUUGAGGUUAGAUGACUCAAGAUUAUAAACAGUUUAAUGUCUGACAUAUUCUCUGUCUUUGGUUGUAGUCUAAUCAACAAAAAUGUAAAUAUGUAAAUUGACUCAAGUUUAUAAUUUGCAUUUGUAUGACCUUUUUUACUUUUUAAUUCAUAUUAACUUUUUGUAUUUAACAAGUAUUCACAUGUCAAUUAAAGUGCUGC